AUGACCGACAAGCCAGCUCCGCUGUCGACGCAAGCCGCAGUUUCCAACCAGGCCAACCACAUCGCGCUCGUGGGCCCGACCGGCCCCGACGAUGUCGCCCACAAGAUCGAGGCGCCAGAGGAAGAGCCCUACACAAUCAAGUGUAUCUGCAAUUUCUCUGACGACGACGGAAACACAAUAUACUGCGAGACAUGCGACACAUGGCAGCACAUUGACUGCUUCUAUCCCGAGAAUCGGGAGGAGGCCAUUCGAGAGGACUUCUCUCACUCGUGUGCCGACUGCAAGCCCCGACCACUGAACCGACAAAAGGCGAUCGAGCGCACUCUACGGCUCAGGAAUUCCAUCCUGGAACCGGAGAGCAUCGACAAAAAAGUCAAGCGACCCCCCUCCAAGAGCCACAAGAAGAAAACCAGGCCCAGCGAAGUUGUUCUUAACGGUACUCAUGGGCCUUCAGAAGGCGGCAAGCACGGCCACAAUGGCGACCACCACCCACCUCCAGCCAAGAAAUCAAAAACCUCCCACCGACCCUCCCUGUCCGUGAGCUCCCAGCCUUCCAAGCGAAGCCCUUCGUAUGGGAACAAUCGGGCGAAUCCUACGCACCCCCCGAGUCCCGCCACGACUCCUCCCGACCUCCCCGACGAUUUUCAAAUCCACCACUACUCCGAGAGCUUCUGCUCCCUAUACAGCGAUGUGCCCGACACUCGCACCAAUGCAUUUGCCAAUCUUGCCAUUCCCACCGCUCUGGUACGAUGGCUAGAGUCGUCUUCUGCCUUGGAAAAGGAAGUCGGCCGGAGACACUCAGAGGUCUUCCAAGACGCACUGCCUGCACUUGAGAGAAAGCGACCGAAGCUUGAGAUCAAGGACGCUACGCAGGCACUUGACAAUGGCACCACCCUGCGCUGGCGCUCUCUCAAGUCAACGUCUUCCAUCGAAAAGGACGUGCCACUCAUCGAGUUGAAUGGCGAGAUUGGCUUCCAGAAAGAUUACUGCGCAGAUGGUGACAACCUGUGGGCUGAUCUCUCGUCGCCACUCCCCUUUGUCUUUUUCCAUCCCAUUCUACCGCUUUACAUCGACACACGCAAAGAGGGCUCCCUAGCCCGCUACGUCCGGAGAAGCUGCAAGCCCAACGCUCAGCUAGACACGUUUCUCACCAACAAAUCGGACUACCACUUCUGGCUCGUCAGCGACCGGUACAUCCCGCCCAGCGAGCAGAUUACUCUGCCGUGGGACUUUCGUUUGGAAAAGAGCGUCUGUCAGCGCUGGCUACAUCUGCUUGGCCUCAGCGAUGAUGAUGGCGCGGGACAGGAUGAGUUUGAACUCGACGAGACAGAGUACACGGCCAUUUCCAACUGGAUUGACCGGAUUUUGUCAGAGUAUGGUGGUUGUGCAUGUGAUCAAGAUAAUAACUGCGCCUUCGCACGAUUCCAUCGACACUAUCUCUACGGCAAGAGUCAGUCCCGCGGCAACAAGAAGAGAUCACGCAAGACAAAAGCCCAAACCAUCUCACCAAGCAGCACCGGCCAUGCGACAAAUAGUCGUGCUGCCAGCGAAGGUCAUAUCGACGAGCAUGCCGAGCGUGAGGGCCGAGAUGAUUCGGUCCCAGCGCGGAGCAAGCCCUCCAGCAGGGAUCGAACCCCGCUGCGACAAGGCUCCUUUGAUCAACUAGGAAUAUUAACUGAGCCUACAGAUCGUGACAAGCGCAAAGUGGCCAUGGUGGAAGACUCUUUCCGCCGUAUGGAGCAAGAGCAGCAGCAGCCACCGAGGAAGAAGAAGAGAGUAUCGGACGGCACAACGGCGUCAACGUCUUCCAAGUCAAAAUCUAGAACCGGCUCCACCCCUCACAUCGGCAGCUAUGCUGAUGCCAGCACUACCUCCCGAAGCAAAUCCGGCUCGCCCGCUAGCUCUAGGUCACCGAAUCUUGGAAACCCCUCCAAAUCUACGACAGCCCGCCAGGGCUCGGCAGAUAUACCAGCUAGGCAAUCCUCCGCGUCGCCGCGGCCCAUCUACUGCGACAUGGGCAUUCAGACAGACCCCGUAGACGACGAGUGGUUCAGCCAGCCGCAAGAUCUCCCCUGUCGCAAGAAGAGAAUCAUCUCGCUUUCUCAGCGACUCCUCAACAACCGGCACAAGGCUCGCGCUGAGGAGGACCGCAAGCGUCUGUCUAUUUCGCCGCGGCCUUCAACGGCUGAUGCCAUGGACGUUGAUGACGCAGAAGUCGAUCAAAAACCGGACCCAUCGAAAUCUGAGAUAGAAUUGCAGCCGCCUCCGUCUCCUCCUCCAACAGAAGACGUAGUAGAUACGCAAGUGCCCGAUGUGCUCCCUCCUCCUCCUCCUGAAGAAGCACCCGCUCCUCUAAGUGAGGCGGAGGUUACCCCAGAGAAGCCAAAGGCACCAGAGCUGCGAGUUCAGUUGCCUACCUUGCCCGCACUCGAUGCCUCAACGGCCACUGCUCCAAGUGCGACCACGCCUCUAUCCGCAAGCAGCUCUGCUAUUCAAUCAGCAAUCAUCUCCAGUAUCAACACAACCGUCAACGGAGUUAUCGCAGCUCCGAGUCCGAUCAAGAAGAAAUUGAGCCUUAGCGAUUACACCAAGAGCAGGAUGAACAAGGCAGCGGUGAAACCCUCAUUGGGUUUGAUUUCUACAAAGUCUACUCCUUUGGAAGCAGAUGAGAUCAAGCUGGAGAAUGCAGAGUCAGCAACCAUGGAGAAAGUCGAAGGCGCGGUGGUUACCCCUACAACAGCAACAGCCGCCGCUACAAAUGGCCACCCAUGA